GUUCGGCCGUCUGGAUCAGCUGAGUGUGACUAUCCCGCCCCGCUGUGGCUGUCGCCCCGUGGCGCUCGUAGUGCUCAGUGACACCCUCAAAUGACCGGUCGGCCACCUCUUUCCCUCCAGCUAACGUCGCCUAGACGCUCGAAUGACGCUCCGCGGUGACCGCGCCGUCGCUGCUCCGGAGCGGCGCUCCUAUGGCUCGUUCGGCGGUUGAAUCCACUUAAUGUCCAACGUGUGCCACAGUGCGCCGGUCCGCCCUCAUCGAACAACACGGUGUAGAUACAACGCGCAGAAAUAUAGUCCCGAACAUGCAAGGAUCAGACUGAAGUACCAUGGAUCCCGAGGAGUCAGAACUGCAGAGUGACUAUCGCUAUCGCAGCUAUGCGGCGGUCAUUGAGAAGGCGCUGCGUAACUUUGAGUCUUCGAGUGAGUGGGCAGAUCUGAUCUCCUCCUUGGGAAAGCUCAACAAGGCCCUGCAGAGUAACCUUCGCUACUCCCUCCUGCCCAAGAGGCUGAUCAUUGGGAAGCGUCUCGCCCAGUGCCUCCACCCGGCUCUGCCCAGCGGAGUUCACCUCAAGGCUUUGGAGACCUAUGAGGUCAUAUUUAAAAUCAUUGGAACAAAAUGGCUGGCCAAGGACCUCUUUAUUUACAGCUCUGGGUUGUUCCCACUGUUGGGUCAUGCAGCCAUGGCAGUGAAGCCGAUGCUGCUGACUCUGUACGAGCGUUACUAUCUCCCGCUGCAGAGGGCUCUGCUGCCCAGUCUUCAGGCCUUCAUAACAGGACUCCUGCCAGGUCUGGAAGAGGGUUUGGAGGUUUACGACAGGACUGAUGCCUUGCUGCUGAGGUUGUCGCUGCUGGUGGGUCAGCAGGUGUUCUAUGGUGCGCUGUGGGGCAGCAUGCUGGUUACCCCCAUGGUGCGACUGCCCGCUUCCGUCUUUAUAGUCACACAUUUUGACUGCAAAGCUUCCCCGCGCCAGCAAACGCACAUGCUGGGCUACGACCACCGACUGGUGAUGAAGUCGGUGUGUCUUUCUCUGGAAGAUUCGAAUGUCCUGGUGCAGAGGAACAUGCUUGAAAUCCUGCUCUACUUUUUCCCCAUUGCUGCGUGCCUGGACCCAGCGGAGGCCAGUAUUGCCAUGAGUGGUAAAGACAUGAUAACGAUGGUUUCUGCUGCCGCACUCACUCUACUUCGCAGAGACAUGUCCCUCAACAGACGCCUCUACGCCUGGCUCCUAGGGAUGGAUAAAAAAGGAGGAAUGGUGGCACCGCAUCCCACCCUGUCCAGCACCACUGAGGAACAUGCAUCCUUUUACUUCAGCACUUACUCUAGGGAUUUCCUUGUGCAGGCUCUCAUUAACAUCCUACGACAGCAGGAUGUGGAGAACGACCCUGAGAAUGUGAUUGGGUACCUCAGGCCCUUUCGCAUCAUCAUCAGCCUGCUGGAUAAACCAGAGAUCGGUCCAGUGGUCUUGAGCAGUGUGUUGCUGGAGGUGGUCCGGGCCUUUUACAGCUACUGUCGAGAGAUGGUGGGGGAGGAAAACAUCGCCAGCACAGGUCUCUCAGGCAACCAGCUAGCCAGUACAAUAAAAGAGAAUAAAAAUGCAGCGGACAUCAUAAAGACGGUGAAUAUGCUUGUGACAUCCAUGAACAAAGAGUACCUGUGGGAGUACAUGACCCGACACUUUUGCACUUCCCUCAGUGACAAAAAUGACCCACCAACACCACCUCGACAGGAGCGCAAUCAUUCUGCUCCGUCCAUCGCAGAGAUGUCCAAUCUCAUCAUUUUUCUCCUUGACGUUCUCCCUCUGGAGCUUCAUGCUGACAUCCAGUCCCAGUUCCUCCCGGAGAUGUUAGGCACCAUGCUGGGGACCCUGCAUAGCCACAUGGACUUUGUGCGCCUGGAAGAUGUCACACAAGGUCUACGUGCAUGCUUCAAGGUUCUGAGCAAGAUCCAGAUGCCUGUAGCUUAUUUGGACGUUGAGGCAGGAGCACAGGCCGAGGACAUCAAGUUACAAUCCCCGACGGAGGAAAGCAAACGGAGUCCAGAUAAAGAGAAGACGGGCGAGAAAGAUGCCGUUGGUAAUGAGGUUAACGGUGACCAUGGCGAUGAACAGAUGAACAGAGAUGGAGGAGAUGAAGCAGAUCUUGCAGAUGGUGUUUUUCCAGCACUCCGGUCGGAGGACAGCGGAUUGGGCAUCAGCGCCUCGCCUUCAGAGCAGCAUAUCUCACAUGGGAUGCGGAUGAGGGAGGAGGAGAAUGGAAUUUCCAAAGAAGGCGAAGGAGUGUGGAGGAAGGGAGGCAGUGUAGACACCAUGAGCCAGUGUCUGCAGGACAUCCUGGCUUUUAUAACCACGAGAUACUUGCUGGUGCAGGUGGAGGAUGUCGGGGGACAGCAGGAAAGGCCCGAGCCCGACCUGACUGCGGCUUCUGUGGAUGAGAAGACGUUGUUGCCGGGAAAAGGGGGACGUGACAUCAAAGACAAGCUUAGCGAACUGUUCAUUCCACACAAGCUUAAAAAACACGCUAAAUCCGAAGCCCAGCUCUUAGCAGCCCUCGCGGGGAAGAAAAAGGAGCGUGGGCAUGUAGGGAGUCUGGACUGGGCGGCUGGCUACAUGCCCCGCGGCCGGGCAGAGAUCUCUGAGGCCUGCCGCCAGGCGUUCACCGCCACCUGCCACCUGCUGCUGGAGUGUACCACCUUCCCAGUCUACCUAAGCGAAGACGAAACUCUGGUCCUCAAUGCUGACAUGUUUGACCUCACAGAUCGUCAUAUCGACAGCUUGCCGGUGUGGUUGAGGUCCUUGAUGACGCUGUGCUGCCUGUCCAGGGACUACAACAUCCAGCACACUGCAGUGUCCACCAUGUUGGAACUCAUCAACCACUCUCAGUCCCUGGCACUGGUCAUCCAGGACAAGCACAGGCGCUACCUGGGAUCUGACUCUAACCCUCUGAGUGGGCGGCUGCAGAUGGUCACCGCGCCACCCAUCCACCCUGCGCUGCUUCGCGCCAUAGAGGAAGGCACAGAUUUCUAUCAGAGGGUGUCCCAGGUAUUGUGGAACCAGCUGGACACAGAGCGUAGAGAGCAGCACACCUCCUGUGUGGAACUCUUUUACAGGCUUCAUUGUUUGGCUCCAUCCGCAUCCAUCUGUGAAGACAUCAUCUGCCAGGCGCUGUUGCACAAAGACAAGGCUGUUAGGCUGGAAGCACUGCACCGCUUCACAGUUCUAUGGCACCUGACCCGGGAGAUCCAGACCAACAGGACCACGUCUCUCAAUCACUCCUUUGAUCGGUCUCUGUGUGUGGUGGUGGACAGUCUGAGCUGUACAGACGGCUCAAUAAGUGCAGCAGCUCAGUGCUGGCUGGUCAGAGCUCUUUCGCUCAAUGACGUGAUUCGGGUCCUGGAGCCGAUUCUGUUGUUGCUUCUUCACCCGUCCACUCAGCGCCGCUCUAUUCAGAGCAUCAAACAAAACCUCACUGCUGGUAACCUGAAGGUUCUAAGCAACAGAAGCCGUAGCUCCACCAGAGCCUCGGGAACAUCUGCAGACUCCAUGUCAACAGAGGUCACCACCUUAAAUCUCAUGAACAUUGUGGACCGGGAAUCCCUGUGGGCAGAGUUGGACAGCGGCCCGGAGUUGGCCCAACCGGCGGACACCUUAGUGGUGUCUCGGAGCGAGAGUGAAGGGACUGAGGAAGAGCAGGAGGAAGAGGGGGAAGAGGAGGAGGCGGAGAGUGAAAACACUGAGUCAGCUGACACAAGCGGUGCUCAGCUAUCCACUGAGAACUCCAGCUCGGGCUCCGUUCCCUACCGCAGCAUCGAGGAAGGAGGCGUGGUCAACGGCCUGCGGAGGGCGGAGUCCGAGCACACGCAGGCGUCUGAUUCGCUGUCGAGCGAAGACGAGGAGGAUCUAGAGCUGGAGGCCCUGGCCAGGUCCCGCCUCUUAAAACAGGAGCGCGAGAAGAGAGAGGCCAUCGACUCUCUGUUCCGCCAUGUGCUUCUUUAUCCCAUGGCGGGCGGCUGGCGCCAUCUGCUCCAGGGCCUGGCACUGCUCGACAGCCUGCUGCGGAGCAGUGCAGAAUGCCCUCUGGUGAAUGCCCUCUCCUACACGUCUCUGGACACCAGCUCUGCUGCACAUUUAAACCUGGUCUCGAACCUCCUGCAGCGCCACCAGCAGGCUCAGGACGGCCUGGGCUUCUAUGGCAGCCCGCUCUCCCCUUCUUCCUCCCCCUCAUUGCCGCCAUCCUUGCUCAUUGAACUGUUGGUGUCCCUGUGCCUGCGAUUCCUGCGCUCCCACUACCCUUCCUAUGUGAGCCUGGGUCCCAUGGACCUGCAGGGGAACAGGGAGGUCCAGGUGAAGAGUGUGGCGGUGCUCACCCGGAUUGUCAACCAGCUGGGCUGCGUGGCACGCGGACAAGAGGGCAAUGGGGCCGGUGUGGAGCCCAUCCGCAGACUCCUCUCGGGAUGUAAAGUGCAGCAAUACGCUCUGCUGACACUUUCUGCCUCGAUGUAUGUCUGCCAGAGGGUGACGGACAAGGCGCCGCCCAAGGGAGUGGAGGUACUGGAGGAGCAGGGAGGCCUGUCGGAGGAGGGCCUGGUGAAUCUUGGAGCAGGAGGCGGACAGGAGCAGUACCCCUUACAAAUGGAGCUAUUGAGACUCCUCCAGGCUCUCAUAGUCCUGGAGUCCCACGUGUGGCCCGGGGGUGCUGUCUCCGUAGCUGCGUCAAGCGGGGCGGCCGGCCAAGCCGGGGAGCCUCGCGAAUCCCCAACUGCCACAACGCCGCUCGCACGUGAAUGGCAGACUGCGGUCCUCUUUCAGCAAUCCAUCAAGGCAGCCCAGUAUGUCCAAAGCCACCCAAUCACGGCCCAAGGAAUGUUUGUUUCUGCCGCAGCCAGGGCUCUGCAGCCCCAGUACGGCUACGCCAUGCACCCCCACUGGGUGUCACUGCUGUGCUCCACUUUGCCGUACUUGGGUCGCUCGGUAGGCAUCAUCGUGGCUCCACUCAUCGGUCAGAUCUGCAGGAACUUGGACGAGUUGGUCAAGCUCUACGAGCAUGAUGGAGGGAAGACCAAUCAGAGCCCGAGUUGUAGGAGGGAAAACAUUGCUCCUGACUACCCUCUGACUCUGCUAGAAGGCCUGACCACCAUUACACACUAUUGUCUACUGGACAACAGGAAGUCCCUGGUGGCCUGUGAUCCUGUGGAUGUCCGUAAUGCACGCAACGCUGUGAUUGAGGCGCUGCCGCACAUGCUCAGUAGCAUGGCUUUGCUCUGGGGCGUGGUCAUGAGGGAGGAGUUUCAGAGGCGCGCCUCAGAAACUGCCCAGAGCAGCAGACACGCUUCUACCUCUGUCUACUUUAAAAGCACCAAGAUCUUACGACAGCGGAUACUGGAGUUCCUUGUCCCUCUAACUGGGCCAUAUGGGAUUCAGCUCAUGGCUUCACUGGGAGCAGUGUGGAGCAGCAGAAGGAAUAAAAGGAGACAUAAAAAUAAAGUCUUACCAGUGGCCAGUGAGUCUCGUCUAACCAUUGUGGCUCUGGUGAAAUCGUUGCACACCUUGCAAACGGAGACAGUCCUACAGUUGGUCAAGGAGGUGGUGAAAAAACCACAUCAGAUCAAAGGAGAGCAGAAGUCAACCCUAGUAGAUAUCCCCAUGUUACAGUUCAGCUACGCCUACGUCCAAAGCAUUUCAGCUCAGAUUCUGCAGGAAAAUGUAGCUCCUCUCCUCAGUUUGUUACGGGAGUCUGUUCAGCUCAACCUGGCCCCGCCUGGACACUUCUUGCUGCUGGGAAUACUCAACGACAUUGUCAAUAGGCUCCCUAACCUGGAAAACAAAAAGGACAGUAGAGAUCUCCAGGAGGUGACUCAGCGGAUCCUCGAGGCAGUGGGCGGGAUUGCAGGCUCAUCUCUGGAGCAAACCAGCUGGCUCAGUCGCAGCCUUGAGGUCAAAGUUCAGCCGCAGGUGGGCCCCGAAGCAGACGAACUUGAUGACGCCGAGCUGGAUGGUGAUCAUUGCGACCCAGUUGCUCAAGCCAGCACCAUGGUUUCCUCUUCGGCUCCCUCCGCUUACAGCGUCCAAGCGCUUGUGCUUCUGGCUGAGGUCCUGGCGCCCCUUCUGGACAUGGUGUACCGCAGCGACGAGAAGGAGAAAGCGGUUCCUCUCAUCUCUCGGCUCAUGUACUAUGUCUUUCCUUACCUGAAGAACCACAGUGCCUACAACAUGCCCAGCUUUGAAGCGGGAUCUCAGCUGCUCAGUAGCCUGAGUGGGUAUGCCUACACCAAAAGGGCCUGGAGGAAAGAGGUCUUUGAGCUCUUCAUGGACCCCCUCUUCUUCACUAUGGAUGUCUCCUGUGCUCCCAAUUGGAAAUCCAUUAUUGACCACCUGCUGACUCAUGAGAAGACCAUGUUCAAAGACCUCAUGAGCAUGCAGAGUGGCUCCCUGAAACUAUUUACUAAUGUGGACCAGAAACCAAUGCUGCUGAAGCGCCAGGCGUUCGCCAUGUUCAGUGGAGAACUCGACCAGUAUCAUCUCUAUCUGCCCCUCAUUCAAGAGCGUCUCACUGAGGCUUUGCGUAUGAACCCCAGUCCUGGUGUUUCAGCCCAGAUGUUCCUGAUGUUUCGUGUUCUCCUGUUGCGGAUUUCCUCCCAACACCUCACAUCUCUCUGGCCAAUCAUGGUCACAGAACUGAUUCGCAUGUUUGCUCGUUUAGAGAAGGCAAUGCUGAUAGAUAAAGACGUGUCAAAGCUGGCCAAAGUGGUGCGGGGAGCCCAGGACAGGAAUGGACCAGUGAAUUUCUCUCAGGCUGAGUUGGACAUGUACUUGUCAGCCUUCAAGUUUCUGGACACCUCCCUGGCUUUUCCUCCAGAGAGGAUGCCACUCUUCCAGAUGUAUCGUUGGGCAUUUGUCCCCGAGGUGGAUGUGAACCGCUACUCUGGCCCAGAGACUACGCUGAUAGAAGGCGAACAGGAAUGCACACCCCAUGUUGUGAGAGUACUGGAAAGGAUCCAGCAGCGAUAUGGGACACUGAAUGGGCUGAGUGAGGAAUCUGCCACAGAGGAUUUGGAGUUCCCUCUCCUCCCCCAACGUUCACUGUCCUCCAUCACCCAGCUGUGGCCUUUCCUUCGCACCCUUUGCUGUUCCUUCCAGGGCCCUCCCCCCACCAGCAACCCCAUGCCCCCCCUCCCAGUAGCAGACUACCCAGCAGCCCGCGCAGACACAGUCCUGAAGAGGCUGGAGCACAUCACCGAAGAAGAGUUCCUGGACUCCAUGGAGAGUUAGGAAGCUUUCAUUACAUACGUCCUAUUUUCGAGCUCUUUGACUUGCAGCAGUACAGUUGGAAUACUUGAAAUAGCCACAGCCGGUACGUAGAAAAGAAAAGAGAGGAAACGUUUAGGAAGUCAGUUUUAAAUGUUUUAAAUAUGCUUAGCUUUGAGUUGCUCUCACAUUGAAUCUGUGUUAAAAAAAACCUGCUGUUGUUGUAGUUAUUUCAGUGGGUGUUUUGGUCAUAAAAAAACUAAUUUAGUAGUAGUAUGAAAUGAUAAAUUUCUGUGGAAUGCUUGUUUCUCUCUCAAGGACGAGUAUAAUCUGGGUUGGAAAAUAUUUACACAUUUAAAUGAUGUCAUUGUAUGCACUUUCAUUUCAUAUGGUUUUAGUGGUAAUCUGUUCAAAUUAGGCGCCAUGCACCUUUAUAAUGAAAUAAAUUCCAGUCAAUAUUUUAAAUGGCAAGUUCGCUGUAAAGAACCUCAUUAAGUAUUGUUGAUCUUUGGACUUCAUAACCUUCUGGUGCCAGCAUAACGUCUGUCUGACUCUGACAAUGUAAAAUCUUCUGUAUAUAUUGCUGCUGUUAGGUUCUCUCUCUUUAAUUGUUAGUGGAUACGUCAUUAUGGGACCUCGCAACCCUUUCGCUUAGAUUAAUGUGAAGAGUUGUAUGUGGAAGUUACCGAAUGUGAUUUGUGUACACCUGGAAAACCAUUUGAAAUACUAUUUGGGGACCGCUGCUAAAAUACAUGCUUGCCAUUUCUGGUGUUAAAGGGAAAUCAGUUUUUACAACUGCAUAUUAUAUUUUUUAUUUCCAAUGCUGAAUGCUUAAGUAAUUUAUUUUAAAUGUUUAAAGGACCAUGUCGUGUUUAGAAUUAACGGAAAGAAGACUCAUUAAAUUAAAAUUUAAGCUUUAAA